AGAUAAAUAUUUCCACUGCUGGCUGAUAACGUAUCAGUAAUAGUAAAAGGCUGAAUGUGAAAAGAAAGAGUCAUAAAUAUUAAAACAAAUUUGAUUUCAGUUAACUCAAGCUAUAUUAAAGAGUUGGAAUCCACUUGAAAAAUAGAAUUUAAUUGAAAAUUCAUUAUGAGCUGGACUAUUAUUAGAGAUAUUGUAUGAGUUAGAUUCUAAUGAAGGAAUAUCAAUGACAGAACAUUACUAGCUUGAAUCAAUGAAUGGUAUUAAAGACAAAUUAAACUGGAAUUAAGGAGCGUGUUUACGUCGUUUGACCGUAACUCUCUGAAUCAAAAAUCCAAUUAACAACAAAAACUAUCGUGAUGAUAUUUUCUAUCAUGUUGCCGAAACUGGCAAGUUUUACAAGACUUAGUACAGUUAAAGCAGAACGGACAGAAUCCGGUCUGGUCGAAUCUUUAUACGGAUGUGUUGGCGAAGUUAUUGGAUUACCUGCCCAAACCCUAGAUUCCAUGUCCAACAAAGAUACAGAAUUCAAAAAUGUGCGAGCUUGUUUGAAACUAAUGUGUCAUUCUCUUGCAAAAGAUCGGGAAAAUUGGACAAGGGAGCAAAAGACACAAUUCUAUUUUCCACCAAAGUUUGAUAGAAAUGAGGAUCUUCCGCAAUGUACAGCGAGAAAAAUUAUGCGAAAUCCCGAUUGCAAGAUAGCUGUAAAUGUCUGGUUUCCUGAAUCAGAGGAACAGCCAUGUUAUACCGUCAAUGUACCAGCUCCCGAUCCUCCACAUCGAGUGAUAGAGGCUGCUAUAGAAGCUAGAGAUAGGGAGGUGAUGGGAUCUCUUGAUGAUGACGAUGAAGGCAUUGAAAACAGUGCUAGUUCAAAAUAUGUACUUAAAGUAUGUGGAAGGGAAGAAUAUAUGUUGCAAGAAUGUUGCAUCCAUUCAUAUGAGUACGUCAGAAGUUGCAUUGAUAGAGAAGAGAUACCUGAGCUACAGCUAGUGUUAAAAGAAAAUUUACUCAAAUCCAUUCCAGAAAAUAAAUGUAUAAUCUUACAAAAAGAGCCAUGUGCAGUGGACAUAGAAGUGGUUUCAGACACAAGUAUGACGUCAUGGGAGCUGUCUUCCGAUCAUUUGUACAGUAUUAAAGUCAAAUCAUUCCCAGUUAAAGGGACGUUCCGUACAGGCAUGUAUGUACAAGCUCAACUCUUCCAUGGGAAUCAGCCGCUAUGUAAGCCAAUGAAGACGUCUGACUUUAGUUUCAAUCAGACAUGGAAGUUUGACAUACCGAUAGAGAAUUUACCGAGAUCUGCAAGGCUCUGUUUCGUUGCAUGUGACUCUGGAAAGGAUACGGCAAUAGGAAUGAACUGGGCCAACAUUCAAGUAUUUGAUCAGAACCGAAAGCUUGUCACUGGUCGUCAGGUCGUAAAGGUUACAAACUUUCCAGAAAACUGCACUCGUACCGAAUACCCGUUUGGAUCUCCAGGCUCAAACCCAGAUAAACAUGCGAACGAACUGAUGAUUGAGAUUGUACCACCGUGUGACAAUGAUGUUUACUUUCCACACAAUUCUAGAAUCGAUUCCAUACUCUUACGAGAGGACGGGUUCCAUAGUUCUCCUGAUACGAGAAAUACAUCUUUCGAACUAUUAGAUCGUAUUGUUCACAAAGACCCACUUCAAACAAUGUCCAAAGGGGAAAAGGCCUUUCUUUGGGACCACAGAAAUUUGGCAAUGGAUUAUCAACCGAACAUUUUGCCGAGAGUGAUACAGUGUGUGAAUUGGGCUGAGAGACACGAAGUGUUUGAGAUAUACCAGCUUCUAAAGCAAUGGCCUUACGAAGACUUGUCUUUAGUAACAGCACUUCAACUACUGUCACCAGAGUACCCUGAUGAAAGAGUUCGGUCUCUUGCCGUAAAAGUGCUCGAGAAAAAACUCAACAAUGAACUGUUGAAACUCUUUAUGCCUCAGCUUGUUCAGGCAGUGAAAUUGGAAAGUUACCAAAACAAUGACCUCAGUCGAUUCCUGCUACGCCGUGCCCUUAAAAACAAGAUCGUUGGUCACACCUAUUUCUGGCAUCUAAGAUCUGAAAUACACAACGGAAUGUCCCAACUUAGAUUUGCUCCUCUGCUGGAAGCUUACUGUCUAUAUUGCGGAUCUUACAUUCUGGAUGGAUUGUACAAGGAGGUCAAAGCAUUGGAAGAAUAUCGAAGCUUUUCCAGACAGACUAAUAAAAACUCAAGCUUAGAACAGCUUCAAAAGAACAUGAGAAGUUGGUUAGAUAACGAAGAGACUCGUGGUGUACUAGAAAAUCAGACAGCAAUCCUAGAUCAACACACAGAACUUGGAGAACUUUGCGUGGACGAUUGUAAGGUUAUGUCAUCCAAAAUGAAACCAUUGUGGUUGUCAUGGAAAAACAGAUAUCCUAGCUGUGCUGCAGAAAGUCAAGACACUGUCAAAUAUAUUGUCAAAGAUGGUGAUGACCUUCGACAAGAUAUGCUAGUGAUGCAGCUGAUACGACUGAUGGACAUGAUAUGGAAAUAUACAUCCCGAGACUACUGCAUUACAUCAUACGAAUGUAUGUCAAUGGAUGAUCACUUCGGGAUGAUCGAGGUUGUGAGCGGAGCAAAGACGGUCUGUGAUAUAGAGAUGCACAAGCAAACAGGAGUCAUGGCCACUACCAGCAUGCAUGAAUGGCUAUAUAAUGAAUCCGGCCAGGGACAGAGGUAUUUGGAGGCGGUCAGAAAAUUUACUCAUUCUUGCGCUGCAUUCUGUGUGAUCACAUACAUUUUGGGUAUUGGAGACCGUCAUUCAGACAACAUCAUGUUAAAGGUCACUGGGCAGUUGUUUCACAUUGACUUCGGGCAUUUUAUGAAUCACAAAAAAGAUAAAUUUGGCAUGAAAAGAGAACGAACGCCUUUUGUUCUAACAAAAGAUUUCAUCACAAUAGUCACUAAAGGCGAUCAGAAAGUCAACGAUAAUGCUGAAUUCAACAAUUUUCUGUACAUCUGCUUGGAGGCGUAUAUGACUAUCAGGCGUAAUGGAACACUUUUCCUUACGUUACUGAGCCUGAUGAGGCACUGUGACCUUCCAGAGCUUCAGGAAGAGACAGAUAUAAACUACUGUCGAAAAUGUCUAGCGUUGGACAAACCGGAACACGAAGCGGCAAAUAACUUUUUAGGAGCAAUAAUGGCUUCGUAUAAAGGGCAAUGGAAAACAAAUAUUGACUGGUUCUUACACCGUGUGAAUCGAGUGUGGCAAGGAAUGGGUUCCGGGAGCUAGAAACGUAUUAGUUGCAAGGACAAGUGAAUAUGACAGUUUACUGGGUUUUACAUCCUGUGAAUAGGGUAUUGCUAGAGAUACUAGUAAGAUCGUGGAGCUACAAAAUAGUGUCAUUCCAACGGCAAGUGACUGCAGUGUUUUUUUCUCAUGACAGAUAUCUACCAUUCAUUGUAAUAUGUCAAACCUCUGAUGGAUGGUACUAUGGACCAAGAUGAAUAUUUUGAAUCUUGAAUUAGUAUGCAUGUACCUAGCAAAAACAUUUACAUGAACACUGUAUUUUUUCAUCUACUUGUUCAUCAAAUAUGUAACUGAAUUUAUUUCCAGGUUUUCUUUUCUUCUGUUUUAUUGCCAGUAUAAUUAUCUGUUUAAAUAGAGACAAGUAACACAAGCAAACAGCGCUCCACGGGGAGCGAAUAUUGUUUAUAUUUUUUUAAUUUUUACUAACUCUAACAUGAGCUGAACUUUACUUUUAUACAUAUAACUAAAAACCUAAUAACACCAGAUAUCAAAAUUUCCAGCAAUAUUACUCACAAAGAUUUGUCAAGAAAAGACAACUAGGACCCAGUCUGACACCCGAUAUGGGAUAGGUUAAUGCUAACAUGCUUAUGUGCAAAAUCAGAAUUUAGUUUUUGUAACGGUAUAGGUUAUCAUUAUUUCGUGCUAGCAUUUAUAAGAAUGCUCUGUAGUUUGAAUGAGCAUUUAGCAGCCUCUACGAAUUGAAUGGACUUCAUUACAGCAACGCGGUAAUUAAUAUCAUUGUUUGAUCUGCCUAAGUGACUCUAUCUGUUGGACAGUUUCACUGCUAUUGUUCUAUUUCUAUUAUUGAAAAAGGAAGGUUUAAAGAAGGAAGACGGAGUGCAAACUCAUUUCUUCUAUGUGCAAACAAUAUCAUAUUACAUAUGACUUUACAAAAAAUCAGUAUUAUGUUCUUUCAUGCUACGUUAUACUAUAAUAUAUUUCACCAGGAUGAUUAUUCGUGAUAUAGCAAUAGUUUUAUUUUUAUUAACUGUUACAAGUUUAUUUGACAUGAUUUUUAUUACUCUCCAGUGACAGAGUAAUAAUUGCAUUCGAAUGUCAUUCAACUGAUGCAAUAGUCUGAACAGAUGUGUACAUUUAUAUUACUUUUAGCUACAAAACUAAACUUGUAUCGGCCUAACUAGGUUGCUCGGCCACUGUAGACGUAAGGGAGGUAUAUAUAGAAUAUUAGGUUAAUGUCUUUCUUAACUUCAGUUUAUCCGCCAAGUUGAUGAAAUAUUUAUCCACCCCCGAGGCAUGCGGGGGGGGGGGGGGAAUAAGCUUUUCGGAGACGAAGCAGAUACAUUUUAGUAACGAAAGACAGUAUCAUAAUAUUCUAUUUAUCAUGCAGACAAUAAAAUCUGUGUAUAACGUAUACUUAUUAAAAAAAUGUUUUUUUCGAUACAAAACUAAUCUACACAGAUUUUUACUCUUUUAUAAAUUCCUACGUCCUUCGCUUGAUUCAGUUACACACGAUUCCUUACAAUAAAACAUUAUUUUUUACCUCCUGGUUUGCCUUCCGUGUAUGAUAAAUCACAGGUGCAAACAGGGCCUUCGUGUACAAAACCAGCAAAGUGGUUUUGACUCGGAUAGAAUACAGCCGAGCACCACACUUGGAAUUCAAAUGCCCACAGUCUCUGCCUUAACUACAUUCCAUUUCCGUGCAAGACAAUGUGAGGUAAAUGAAAUUCCUUCCACCACGGAUGGGUUAGAUCUUAGGAUUAUAAUAAACGACUGCUUAAAACUGGUUGUAUGUCUAAAUUUUAAACGCCACAAUACACAAAGCCAAUGUCGAUUCACUCAGACUUUAAAAACCGUCACCGUACCAUUCCGUAUUGAGGUAUACUGGGAUACGUAUACUAGGAUAGCGUAAAAUACUUUUUGAUUUUCUUUACAGUGGCUGUUCUCAUAAAACGAUGAAAUGUUUGAGAUGUUAGAUUUAUUUGUUUAUUUAAAUCACAUCAUUGUACAAUACUGCCUAUACAUGUUACUAUUUUGACAGCAAAUUGAUAAUAUGUCACCAAACAUGACAUAUCACACUUCCUUUUAAUGACCUGUAUAUCAUUUAAGUUGUUCGUUAUUUCAAAAUGAAUCUUUUACUUUCAGGCCAUGGCGAGUUGCAAUUUGUAAGAAAUAACUGAAUAGUGUACAAAAAUCAUUUUCAGUUUUUAAAAAGCUUGUGUUAAUACUGUUUGAUUAAUAUGCAUAAUUCAAUCCCUUUUUAGCUCACCUGAGCACGAAGUGCUCAAAGGUGAGCUUUUGUGAUCGCCCUUUGUCCGUCGUCCGUCAGUCGUCCGUCCGUCGUCAACAAUUUGACUGUUAACACUCUAGAGGUCACAAUUUUGGUUCAAUCUUAAAGAAACUUGGUCAGAAUGUUACUCUUAAUAAAAUCUUGAAAGAGUUUGAUAUUGGGUCAUCUGGGGUCAAAAACUAGGUCACCAGGUCAAAUCAGAGGAAAAGCUUGUUAACAAUCUAGAGGUCACAAUUUUGGUUUAAUCUUAAUGAAAUUUGGUCAGAAUGUUACCCUCAAUAAAAUCUUGGACGAGUUUGAUAUUGGGUCAUGAGUCAAAAACUAGGUCACCAGAUCAAAUCAAAGGAAAAUCUUGUUAACAUUCUAGAGGUCACAAUUUUGGCCCAAUCUUAAUGAAACUUAGUCAGAAUAUUACUCUCAAUAAAAUCUUGGACCAGUUUGAUAUUGGGUUAUCUGGAAUCAAAAACAAGGUAACCAGGUCAAAUCAAA